AUGGAGAGCUCAGUCGAGAGCUGGUGGGUGCUUCCCAUGACCUUGAUCCCGGCCGUCUCCGGUGAGCAACACGAGAACAUGGCCACCAUAGCCACUAGCUUCGCCUACCUCGCCAUCUUCGCAUGUCUUGCAUGGGCGGGCGCGUCCCUGCUCUACUGGGCUCACCCAGGCGGCCCUGCGUGGGGCAAGUACUGGAGGGCAAGGGGGAAGCCGUCGUCGACGAUCCCGGGGCCCAAGGGAAUCCCGGUCGUCGGCAGCCUCGGCCUCAUGUCCGGGCUGGCGCACUGCUCGCUGGCCGACGAGGCGUCGCGCCGGCCGGGGGCCAAGAGGCUCAUGGCGCUGUCGCUCGGCCCUGUCCGCGCGGUCGUCACGUCCCACCCGGACGUGGCCAAGGAGAUCCUCGAUAACCCGGCGUUCGCCGACCGCCCCCUCAACCACGCCGCGUACGGCCUCAUGUUCCACCGCUCCAUCGGCUUCGCCGAGCACGGCACGUACUGGCGCGCGCUCCGGCGCGUCGCCGCGGGCCACCUGUUCGGCCCGAGGCAGGUCGAGGCCUUCGCGCCUUACCGCGCGGCCGUCGGGGAGGGGAUCGUCGCGGCCCUGCGCGGCGCCGGCGGCUCCGGCGGCGUCGCCGGCGGCGUCGUCCAGGUGCGCGGCCUCCUGCGCCGAGCAUCGCUCUACUACAUCAUGCGGUUCGUGUUCGGCAAGGAGUACGACGUGUCGCGCGCGGUGCCGGCGUCCGGGAAGGAGGAGGUGGAGGAGCUGCUCGAGAUGGUGCACGAGGGGUACGAGCUCCUGGGCAUGGAGAACUGGUGCGACUACUUCCCGGGGCUCGCCGCCCUCGACCCACAGGGAGUAGGCGCACGGUGCGCCGAGCUCAUGCCACGGGUGAACCGGUUCGUGCACGGCAUCAUCCAGGAGCACCGUGCCAAGGCGAUCGCCGGAGGAGACGCGCGUGACUUCGUUGACAUCUUGCUCUCCCUGCAGGAGAGCGAGGGGCUCGCGGACUUCGACAUAGCCGCUGUGCUCUGGGAGAUGAUCUUCAGAGGAACGGACGCCAUGGCCGUGCUCAUGGAGUGGACGCUAGCUCGUCUCGUCCUCCACCGCGACGUCCAAGCCAAGGCGCUCCGUGAGCUCGACGAGGUCGUCGGCGGGAACAGCCAGGUCGUCACCGAGUCGGCGGCGCCGUCGCUGCCUUACCUGCAGGCGUUGCUGAAGGAGGCUCUCCGGAUGCACCCGCCGGGCCCCCUCCUGUCGUGGCGCCACAGGGCGAUAUCCGACACGUACGUCGACGGCCACCACGUCCCGGCGGGCACCACCGCCAUGGUAAACCAGUGGGCCAUCAGCCGCGACCCCGAGGUGUGGGACGCGCCGCUCGAGUUCCGUCCCGAGCGGUUCCUCCCCGGCGGCGAGGGCCAGGACGUGUCCGUGCUCGGCGCCGAUGGCCGCCUCGUGCCGUUCGGGUCCGGCAGGAGGAGCUGCCCCGGCAAGUCCCUGGCCAUGACCACCGUAACCGCCUGGAUGGCCUCGCUUCUGCACGAGUUCGAGUGGCUGCCGGCGUCGGACACAGGCGCCGGCGUCGACCUCUCGGAGGUGCUCCGUCUGUCCUGCGAGAUGGCAGUGCCGCUCGAGGUCCGCGUGCGCCCGAGGAGCGGCAUGUGA